AUGAUGGGACUCGGGUGGAACGAGAAGAACAACAUUUCGCCCCUCCUGGGCAAGCCUCCCCCUCGCACCCCCUUCUUCGUGACGCACCCGAGGCUGACGAACUUGCUUUUCCUCCUGGCUUACAUGGGGGUGGGGCUGAUGGUGUUCUCCCUGGUGGAGGGCUGUCAGCCGGAAACGGCCCUGUACAUGGUGGCGCAGAUCGUCACGACCAUCGGAUAUGGUGAUGCCGUGAAGGUCACGCACCACACACAAACGUUUAUGGCGCUCUACGUGCUUUUCGGCACUUUGCUCUUUGUCAAUUUGGCCACUGACCUCUUCCACACCUUGCUGGAACGCACCCAGAUCGGCAUUGACCACACCCUCGCGCUGGUGCAAGCUGGCCUGAGUGGCAAAGAAAGCGAAGUGAACGAGUCUCACAUCGAGCGGUACCCGCUACUGGUGGCAAGCAGCACUUUUCUAGCGAUUCUAGCUUUGUGGGUGGCAUUCUUCGCGUACUACGAGAGCUGCACCUGCUCAUACGAAAGCGACUUCGUCCCAGGCUGUAUUGAGGGUCCUGACUGCGCAAAGACUGGCGGCUACCAGACAGACAUACAUGGCGCUUUCUACAUGGCGGUGAUCACCUUCUCCACGGUGGGCUUUGGGGAUGUUGCCCCCAAGAGCAAGCUGGGCCGGACGGUGGGGAGCGUUGGCAUGAUGGUGGGCGUGGCAGCCUUUGGGACGCUGGUGGGUGAACUCUUUCGGCGACUGAAGGCCAUCAAGUUCAGAUAUCGGAAGCUGCAGCUAUGUACUCCACAGAUGUUCGAGAUGAUGGAUUCGGAGCAGAACGGCAAGGUUUCCAGGUCCGAGUUCCUGCGGUACAUGCUGAUUCGGCAGGGCAAGGUGAGCUUGGAGGCGAUCCAGCAGAUCGACACGCUCUUCGAUACGCUGGACAAGGAUCACAAUGGCAAGUUGUCAUUCGAAGAGAUUGAAGGCCACAUGCUUGAUUGA